AUGGGUCUCUUAGACUUUUUCGGCCUUGGACGUGAGCACGCGUCUAAGAGAUCUCCAAAGACUAAUGUGAUACUAAUUGGCCCUCCUGGCUGUGGGAAAGGCACGCAGGCUUCUCGAUUGAUUAAAAAAUAUGAAGUUUGCCACUUAUCUACUGGUGACAUGCUUAGAGCUAUAAUAAGCUCUGGCUCGGAUCUUGGAACGAAGGUGAAAAAAAUCGUUGAAUCGGGUCAGCUUGUGUCUGAUGACCUAGUAUGUGAGCUGAUUGAUCAAAAGUUGGAUAGUCCCGAGUGUCGAAAAGGUUUUAUUCUCGACGGAUUUCCUAGAACGAUUGCUCAAGCGGAAAAGCUAGAGGAGUUGUUGAAUCGAAGGAAGGAGGAACUAUCUGCUGUCGUCGAACUUCGUGUUCCAGAUGAACUACUAAAAACUCGGAUCUGUGGUAGGCUUUUUCACCUUGCCAGCGGUCGUUCCUACCAUGAAACUUUCAACCCCCCGAAGAUUCCUAUGGUAGAUGAUAUCACUGGUGAAAAGCUUGUUCGGCGGGCCGACGAUACUGUGGAAGCUCUCGAAAAGCGUCUCGCUAGCUACCACAAAAUGACAUCUCCAUUGUUAGACUUUUAUGGGAAGCGGAAUUUGCAUCUUUCAGUCGAUGGGACCCAAAGCAUAGAUGAGAUUUUCACGCAUAUUACGAAAGGUAUCGAUAAGGGAAAGUAA